UUUCAGCAAAAACAUGGACAUAACUCCUGCGCUGACAGAAAUGGAAUUGGAUCACAAACCUACUUGCGAGACAGUUCCAGGGUUGCCUCAAAAGAAGCAUUAUCGGCAGCGAGCUCACUCGAAUCCUCAUUCUGAUCAUGACAUUGAAUAUCCACUGACUCCAAACCAUAUGGAUUGGACCAAAUAUUACGGCGAUUACACAAAAGGACGUCAAGUGGAUUUUGCAGACAUCGGAUGUGGUUAUGGAGGUCUUUUGAUGAGAUUGUCACCUAAAUAUCCUGAUAAUCUGAUGAUCGGUAUGGAAAUUCGUGUGAAAGUGUCGGAUUACGUAAACGAAAAAAUCCAAGCACUUCGAAAGCAUCACGCUGAAGCUGGUCACUACAGAAAUGUAGCCGUUCUCCGAUCAAAUGCCAUGAAAUACAUGCCAAAUUAUUUCCACAAAGGACAACUUUCCAAGAUGUUCUUCCUUUUCCCAGAUCCACAUUUCAAGAAUAAGAAGCACAAAUGGCGGAUCAUCACUCCAACACUGCUCUCCGAAUACGCUUAUGUGCUUCGUGAAGGAGGUAUUAUCUACACAAUCACUGAUGUCAAGGAUCUACACGAAUGGAUGGUCAAGCAUCUCAGCGAGCAUCCACUUUUCGAACGGCUGACUGAAGAAGAAAUGAAAAAAGAUCCGAUUGUGGAAAUGCUCUUUGAAAGUACUGAAGAAGGACAAAAAGUGACUCGAAAUGACGGAGGAAAGUGGCCAGCAAUCUUCAGGCGACUUCCGAACCCGGCCUUAUAAUCCCCUCUGCCUACUUCCAACAUUCAUCAAUUUUUCACGAGACUCUCCCUCCUCCUCCGAGGUUGUUAUUUAACUAUUUUGUUGAUUUUGUGUUUUUGUCUGUUAAAUGAAAUCCAAUUCUUCU